AUGAGGACUAACAAUAGGGGAUACUGUCAACAGCAUCUUUUAUGCCAAGGCAUGAUGAAUGAUGCUAGAUGCAACAACUACAUCAAGAACUACGAUCCCAAAGAGUUUAGGUACUGUUCCCAGUAUCACAACUGCAUCCAACAAGGCUGCGCAAACCAGCGCAACCACCCCAACGGCACCGACUACAGAUACUGCCCAGACCACCGCUGCGACCACCAAGACUGCACAAACCCGAAAUCCCCUCCAUCCUCCUUCUGCGCCUCCCACACCUGCGCCGCACCCUCUUGCCUGGCCCGCUGCCCCGGCGCGACAGGCGACGCCCACGACCCCUCCCGCCACUGCGACCGCCACCGCAUGUGCGCCGCGCCCGGCUGCCGGCGCUUUGCCCACGUCAACGAGCACGGCGUCCCCUCGGCCCACUGCGGCGAGCACCACUGCCGAUUCGAGCAGCAGCCGCCGUGCGGCAACGCGAGGGCGGCGGGCGCCGGCGAGGGGACGUGCUUGGCGCAUACCUGCGAGGAGAGGGGCUGCGGGAGGAUCAAGACGAGGUACAUGCCGGACGCGGGCGGCGUGGCGGGACGGUAUUACCUGGCGACCCGCUGCCGCAGAGCAGGGUGCGACGCCCGCGUCGUCGAAGGGGGUACCCUCUGCCUAGACCACACCUGCCGAGACCGCAGCUGCCAAAACGAGCGGUCCGCCCUGGGCCGCUACUGUACCGACCACAAGUGCUCCGUCCAGGGCUGCCAGCAGCUCCGCGAGACGGUGGUCCUGUCGCAGACGAUGAUGAUGCUGGGCGUGCUGAGCCUCAACCUGCCGCUGUCGCCGUACUGCCGGGCUCACGUGUGCGGUCAGGAGGGCUGCGCGGAGCCGGCGGCGGGCGGCGUGAAUGGGGGUGGUUCGCGGUAUUGUCUUGCGCACGCGAGGUGUCGGAGGCCGGGGUGUGGGAAUGGGGUUGAGGUGAGGGGACGGGAUGGUAGUUUGUGUGAGGAGCAUAAUCGGCUUGGGGGCGGGUGGAUGGGAAGGAGGGGGAUGUUGGAUCCUGAUGCGUAUGGAUGGGGUGGUGGUGGAGGAGGAGGAGGAGGCGGCGGUGGUGGGCAGCAUUGGCCUGGGUUUGGACCUUGGGGAGUGAAUGCCACUAUUUAG